AUGGGGAAUAGAGUAUAUAUCAUAAAAUCUGCAGACAAUUCAAUUUUUAAUUAGAAUCAACCACUAGAAGAUUAAUUUGAAAGCAUGGGAGGAUAAUCUUUCCCUCAUAUUGACCGAGUUGAACUUUAUAAAUUAAAAAGAGAGAAUACUAAAUAUGCAACCAUCUUUGAAAAAAGACAUUCGAAUACAGCAACAGAUGAUGAAGGUCCAUUGCUAGAACUUCAUGAAUAACUUAUGCUUCUUAAGCAUAAUCAUUUGGUUAAAUAUUAUGGUCUUUGUAUCGAUCCUAAUCUAACAACAAAUUUAUAAAUAAGCAGAUGGUUUUAUGAAGCAGUGUAUAAAACCUUAAAAUAAGUUUGUGGACAUCAUUUUUCAAAUAAGAACUAUAUCCCAGAGAGAUAACUUUGGAAGAGUCUUCAUGAAAUAUUAUUAGCUUUACAUUUUCUUGAUGCAAGAUAAAAAUGGCAUACUCACAUUCAACCUGAUUCAAUUUAUUUAGAUAAAAAUGAUUCUAUCAAACUGAUUCCAAAAGGAGUUUUAAGACUUUUGAGUGGAUAUUAAAUAGUACUAACAGGAAAAGGAUAAGCAUUACUAUCUCCUUAAUAAAUGGAAGGAUUGAGAUAAAAGUUAGAAAUUCCAAUUCAUGACAUACAAAAGUCUGAUGUUUUUUCAUUAGGAAUGACAUUUUUAGAGUUAAUGACACUCAAGGAUAGUUUUGAGUGUUAUAAUUAUGAUCUACAUAAUCCAUAUAUAAAAGAUUAAAUAUUGUAAGAAAGACAAUUAGAAAUUCAAAAUAUUGGAUAUUCUACUGAUCUAGUCAGGAUUGUCUUGACUAUGUUAUAAUAUGAAGAAAUUGAUAGACCAACUUUUCUUGAAUUAUUAGUAUAAUAAUAAUAUUAUAUAGAACUCAAAUGAGAUUACUUAGAAUCUAGAAAAUUCAAGAAAUCAUCCAUUACAACCAACUACUCAUACUCCUAAACAAGAAUUAAAGAUAUUUUAAAAUAGAUUUCCAUCAGAUUCUUCAAAUUUAUAGAUAGUUUAACCUAGCAUUCCUAUUACUAAUAAUUAAUAAUAAAUACAAUCAUCUCCUAUCAGGAUAUAAUCAUAAGUGGUUCCUCCUCAAUAUUUACCUAUACAUAAUCCUAAGUAAUAGGAAGCGGAUCGUUAAAGAUAAGAGUAGAUUUUAAGAGAACAAUAAAUAUAAUAGCAUUUAUAAUUAUAAUUAAGACAAUAAUAAUAACUAUUACAAUAAUAAUAAUAAUAAUAACAAUAAUAAUAACUAUUAAUUGAACAAUAAUAACAAUAAAUAAUUCUUUAUUAACAAUAACUAGAUAAGUUAAAGAACUUAAAGCCUUAGCCUAAAAUAAAGGAAUAAUAAGCACCAAAAUUAUAGGAUUACAUGAUUCAUCCAUUACCUACUCCACCAAUCGUUUUAGAUCCUAAUGCACGAAAUUCAACUGUUGAUGAGUUCUAAGAAAGCCAAGAACUCAAAAAUAGAAUAAAUUCGGCUUUAGCAUUAUCAAAAUAAGCUAUUAACAAAUAUAAAUGA